UUCUCAAUACUGUCAGCUAUAGUUAAAGUAAAAAGUGAAUUCAUACAUAAUUAUAAAGAGAAGCCAGCAGAAACAAUUCUUUUCUAUUCCGAUAAUGGCUGAAAACUCGAGUAACAUCAAAAAGUGGGCAAAUUUAACAGCUCAAAUUAGUGUGGCCUACUCAAUAAUCUGCAUGGGAAUCGAAUUCAUCACUGCGUGGGAUUCUUUCACAGGCGUCGGAAUGUUAAUGACUAUACUCUACUUUACAAAUAUGUUGAUAAACUGGAUUAUUGGGAUAGAUAACAUAAAAUUCGAGAAGAUCCAUUUAAUAUUUUGGUUUGGUUUCACAUUAUUUUUGUUAAUCAUUCGACUCGCGUGCACUGACUACAGCAACUUGAGUAUUGGAAUUUUGGUAUUCACAAUUUUUGUAAAUGUUUAUAUGCUAUUUGUACUUUUGGUAAUAUUAUUAUUGAGUAACAAAAUGAAUUAUUCAACUACAGACAUUGGGAGCAGCGUAACUUCCAAUCAUAAUAACUUACACAAUGAUUCUGACAGUGGUGGUUUUUCAAGUUCUAGAAAUAUAAACAAUGAUUCCUAUAUUGCCUUUGGUAUAGCUCCAACUUUGAAUGAUUUAAACAACGAUUCGCAGAAUGAUUUUGGUACAUCCCCAAAUUUCACAGAUUUAAAUAAUGAAUCUCUCAAUAUGGCAAGAUCGGCUGAUAUUAAUAUUAUUUACAAUGUGAAUGAUCCUCCUCCAAGUUAUGAUGAUGUUAUGAAUCUUAACAGUUGAAAAUUAUGAAUUUAAAUUAUGUAAUACUAAUACUAUUUCUUUAG